AUGCCCCCGAGUCCGCCACAGACACCGACCCCGAGUUCAGUCUACUCCAGAAGUGUCAUGGACACACCUUCCGCCCCGAGGAGGAGACAUGGCCGGAUUGUUCCAGCCUUCCGCACUCCACGAUGUGGUGAAGACUUUGCGAGGUAUCCGCGCCGGUCACGGAUAGCCAACGUACAUGAUCUACCAGGGAGACACGAAGGCGAGCGAAUCGCCUUCAAGCACAUCGAUGCAGGCGACAAUCCGGUGUACAAGCCCAGCGUUGUUAGCGCCGCAAGAAAAAACUCUGCGGUAUCGCCCAAGAAGAUCAUCGAGAAGCCAUUCUCAGAAGUGACAAUCAACGCGGUGGCAGCGAGUUUCAUCGAUGCGCACAUUGCUAUGCCUUGUGUCACUAACACACUUUGCCAUCGGCUGACCUGCGGUCACACAGUAUGUACUGCCACGCCUGAAGUCUGCGCAAAAAACUGCACGGGACCCCACGACUCCGGCCAGCCCAGGAAUCGCGAGACGCUGUUUGAGUGUAUGCAGUGUAUCACGGAUCACAUCCAAGACAUGCAGUACGGACGCCUCACUAUGUUCGCAUUAGAGCUGGCAGAUCUCGCCAAGAAAAGGAACGAGCCCAGCGAUUGGAUACACAAGAAGAUCGACCUCGUACAGGCAGGAUGGAGAGACAACGAUCUCCAAGAGAUGAAUGAUCUGCGCGAGAAAGGGCAAGGUAGACACUGCCAAGCCCUAUGGAUCGAGCCCGAGAUGCAGGACCUGGUCGAUACUUCCAAUAAGGCUAGUCGAAUGCCUUCCAGAACAGCUCUCGAACAGUACGCCUCGCCGACCUGGCUACAAAGGCCGACACCAGAGCCCUCAACGCCGAGAAGCCGGAUGUCUUUGGAUGUUUCUGCACGGAAUUCAGUAAGCUCCAUAGCGACAACAGACUCCGGAGUACCCUCGUUACGCCAAUCGGUCACAGAGAUCUUCGCGAGACGCGAUAAGAAGGAGACUGUAGCCACGCAGCAGAAUCCAGCAGUCUAUGGGCAGGCUCUGACAACUGCAGCCACAACUCUAUUCAUCCAGGAUGAUCCAGAAGCGGAAGACGUGACGAUGGAGUUUGAGUGA